GAGAGAGAGAGAGAGAUAGAGAGAGGGAGAGAUAGAGAGAUGAAAACACAGAUUAUUUCUCGUGGGGAGAGAUAGUGAGAGUGGGAGGGAGGGGGCAGUUACAGCGCGCUGAAAUACGCGAACCGAUUCCCACAGAGAGACAGACGGCAUCAGUCGUGUAUGAGCUAUGGCUAGCUGCGCUGUUUGUUCUUUUACCGAGUCGUGAGAGCAGAUGCUCCGAAACGAUUUUGUUUUUUGAAAAUAACUACUAGACCGAAAACACCAAACAGGCUACUUCAGAGGUUUGUGUUCCGGUUAAAGUUGGGAUUUUAGACAGUGCAUUGCUUGAAGCAGCUAUAUCGUCUCUACCUACACCGAACAGCAGGUGGAUGCCGUCAUGCCAUUUGGGUGCCUUGCCCUGCGAGAUGGGCGGAACUUAGACGACAUCUCUGAUGUCACCGACAAAUACGAGAUUGGACAGGUCCUCAAAGCGAAGGAGUUCUGUGAGCUGUGUAUGGCUAAAGACAGACAGACCAACAAGGUAUUUGUCUGUAAGAAGUUUCUCAAGAAGGACGGUAGGAAAGUACGCAAGGCUGCCAAGAAUGAAAUCCUGAUCCUCAAAAUGGUCAACCAUCCAAACAUCCUCCAACUGAUCGACACUUUCGAGACGCGGAAAGAGUACUUCAUCAUCCAGGAGCUGGCUACAGGCGGCGAUGUGUUUGACUGGAUUCUGGACCAGGGGAAUUACACAGAGAGAGAUGCUUCCAACGUGAUCAAACAGGUUCUAGAGGCCGUAUCCUACCUACACUCACUCAACAUCGUCCACAGGAACCUCAAGUUGGAGAACCUGAUGUACUACACAGAGAACAAUCACAACAAAGUGGUUCUGCGAGAUUUCUAUCUGUCCAAGUUUGAGAACGGUUCCAUCACAGAACCCUGUGGAACACCGGAGUACCUGGCUCCUGAGGUUGUGGCCAGACAUCGGUACGGUCGACCAGUGGACUGUUGGGCAGUAGGGGUCAUCAUGUAUAUACUUCUGUCGGGGAAUCCUCCGUUCUACGACGAGACAGAAGAAGAGAACACAGACCUUCACAACCGGAUCAUCUUCUGUCGUAUCGUAGCCGGGGAGUUUGAGUUUGACGCUCCUUACUGGGACUACAUCUCUGUUCCAGCUAAGGAGUUAGUGUGUAGGCUGAUGGAGGUGGACCAGAUGCUGCGAAUCACAGCUGCAGAUGCUCUGUUACACGAGUGGAUUGCUGGUAACGGGGCCUCGGAGAAAAACCUGAAGGAUGGCGUCUGUGCCCAGUUUGAGAAGAACUUUGCUAAGUCCAAGUGGAGGAAAGCGAUCAGAGUCACCACCUUCAUGCAGCGUCUUCGUGCAUCUGAAGCUGCUGCAGCCGAGGCGGCAGCGGCGGGAGGGCAUGGGGGAGGAGGAGGUGAGGUCCAGGGGGGAGGAGGAGGAGGAGGAGGAGUACGGGAGAGUAAGGAAGGAGGGGUGACACCAGGCAGCGUAUCUCUAGAGGUGACGGUUGAAACCAGCCCGGAGCGGGAGGAAAUGAACGGGGGAGUAGGGGUGAGGAGGAGGGGGGAGGAGGAGAGUGUUGGAGGGAGGAUCCCUCCAAGUCCCUCCGUAGGGAUCUCUCUUUCUGCCACCAAUGAACAGCGCUCUCAACCUCCCAGCCAAUCAAGUGCCAGUUGCAAACCUCCAGGGGAGGAGCCAGAGAAGCCAGCCUUGAAGAAGACGUCAGGCAAAAUGGCUGCCGCAUUGGGCAAAACCAAAACAACCCCAGAGCCCAAAACACUUCCUACCCCCACCGUAACCCCUGACAUCACCAAGCCCCAGGACCCCACCCCCAUCUCCGUCCCUGAACCCAAAAGAGCAGCGUCAUCGUUGCCUAGCAACGCUGAAAAGAAGCAUCCGCCCUCUGUCGCUCCCGAGACUCCAACCACCCAACGGCGCAAGAUGGCCGCCCAACUCCACAACACCGGCCAGGGCCCUGCUGCUCCUACAGUUCCUGUUGCUGCCUCUAGCACUCCUACAGUUCCCGUUACUGCCUCUACCACUCCUACAGUUCCUGUUACUGCCUCUACCACUCCUACAGUUCCCGUUACUGCCUCUACCACUCCUACAGUUCCUGUUACUGCCUCUACCACUCCUACAGCUCCUGUUGCUGCCUCUACCACUCCUACAGUUCCCGUUGCUGCCUCUACCACUCCUACAGUUCCUGUUGCUGCCUCUACCACUCCUACAGUUCCUGUUGCUGCCUCUACCACUCCUACAGUUCCCGUUGCUGCCUCUACCACUCCUACAGUUCCUGUUGGUGCCUCUGCCACUCCUACAGCUCCUGUUGCUGCCUCUACCACUCCUACAGUUCCCGUUGCUGCCUCUACCACUCCUACAGUUCCUGUUGCUGCCUCUACCACUCCUACAGUUCCUGUUGCUACCUCUACCACUCCUACAGUUCCUGUUGCUGCCUCUACCACUCCUACAGUUCCUGUUGCUGCCUCUACCACUCCUACAGUUCCUGUUGCUGCCUCUACCACUCCUACAGUUCCCGUUGCUGCCUCUACCACUCCUACAGUUCCUGUUACUACCACAGCGCCACCCGCUGACAGGAGGCCCGCAGUGCAGGCUCCAGUGGAGGAGAAGAAGCAGGAGAUGGACGACGGGAGCUGGUGUCAGACCCAGCUCCCUGAGGCUGUAGCUGAGAGGCCUGCUGGACUGGAGGUUGGGGUGGGUGUAGGUUCCAUGAGGGUAGGAACUGGGAUGGAAACGGGAGGGCUAGGGACAUUUGGAGCAGGGGCAGGGGCAGGGAUAUUUGGAAUAGGGGUAGGUUCAGGAGUAGGACCUAGGAUAGGGCCAAGAGGUGAUGCGAGCCCCAUCGGUAGAGACCAGAGGGCAGACAGGCACAGUGUAGAGUUCAGCAUGUCCAGAGGGGAACCCAAACCGUCCGAGGGGGGUUACAGUUAUACCGUAGGGGCGCUGGGAAGCUCCCCUAGUCUAGGCCGACACACCACCGCAUACGGCCAGGAGGUGGAGCUGGGCGGGUACGGGGGUUCCUACUGCUCCUCUCUGUACGGCAGCGGGGGUGGAGGAGGGAUGUAUGGGGGACUGGAGCACGGAGGGGUCGGGGUCAGAGGUCAUGGUAGUAGUACUACUGAUUGGCAGAUGGACAGCGUGAUCGAACAGAUCGAGAAGCAAAUGGCGGCGGUGCUGGAGAAGAUCGAGGGGGACAUGCCCUCUCUCCUGGAACAGAUCAGUGACUGCCCCCAGCCUCCCGAACUCCCCCGCAGCACACACACCUCCCCUUCAUCACGCUCCCGCUCCUCUCAUCUCUCCCCCACCUCCUCCUCCUCCCUCACCUCUACCUCUUCCCCCCCGCCCCUCCCCACCUCCCCCAGACCCCCUCUCCCCUCCCUCCCCCACCUCACCAUCCCCCCUCCUUCCUACCCUCCUCCCUCCCCGCCCACCCACUCCCCUGGCCAACCAAUCUGUGAGCAGGAGGAGAGAGAGGGACAGAUGGGAGCAGUCCAUUCUAGCCAAGCCCCAUCCUCCAGGCCAGGGAAGGGCCUAUAA